UGGGCUCUGUCUACAGCGGCCUGAUGCAAGGAGUGGGGGCCGCCGAGAAGGUGUUCGAGUUCAUUGACCGGCAGCCAACCAUGGUGCACGAUGGGAACUUGGCGCCUGACCACGUGGAGGGCCGCGUGGACUUUGAGAACGUGACCUUCACCUACCGCACUCGGCCCCACACCAAAGUCCUGCAGAACGUCUCCUUCAGCCUGUCCCCAGGAAAGGUGACUGCACUCGUGGGGCCGUCGGGCAGUGGGAAGAGCUCCUGUGUCAACAUCCUGGAGAACUUCUACCCGCUGGAGGGGGGCCGCGUGCUGCUGGACGGGAAGCCCAUCAGCGCGUAUGACCACAAGUUCCUGCACCGAGUGGUAUGUGGCGGCCCUUUCUCCGUCCCAGCUUCUCCCUUGUGAGCCGCAGCACAGAUGCAGAGAGGAACCUCGAGUACAUGUGUGGUUCAAAGACUAAUCACCAAUGUAACACCACCCGAAUCAAGAAACAGAACACCCCGGCGCUCCAGGAGGCCCUCAGAAGCAACAUCUCACCCAACUUUUAAGAUCAUUAUUUCCUUUUUUUUUCUUCCCAAAUACAAGCAUGAGUUUAUUUAGAAAGUCACAGAAGUAGAAAAAGAAAAGUGAGCCAUCUGGGCUGCGUGGGCCCAGGAAACAAGUUACAGAGGCAAACAGAGGGCCCUUGGAGCAGAGAGGGUGAGAGGCUGGAACCACAGCACGUGUGUUCAUCAGUAUGUGGCUUCUGCCCACAACAUUAUUUGUGAGUUGCAUCAGGUUAAGGCUGUGGUUGUAGCUCAUUCCUUAUCAAGACCGGAGGAUAAUCCCCUGUGUAAACAUGUCACGCGGUCUACUUCUGCGUUCUGCCUUUAACGGAUAUUGGGGUUGUUUCCUGGUUUGAUACCAGCAAUGCUGAUGUGGACACAGUUGUCCCUGUUUCCUGGUGCACACGGGUGCACGCAGCAGCUGCUUUCCCAGGGUGGAUGCACAGCCGUGUUCAUAGCUACUGCCACCAGGCUGGUCACACACUUCACACCCCAGCAACAGCAGACGCGAGUCCCAGUAGUUGCACAUUUAAGUCAUCCCCAGGACUCAAAGGAGGCUGUCGGUGACUGGACAGUUUUGGGUAAUCCUUUCGGAAAAGGAGCCUCAGCACCUUACUCUGUGCUGACAUGGAGCAGGAACACCCUGGAUGGUCGUUCGGGUUGUACCCUGCACAAGAAGCACCAGCUUCUGAGGACGCACCGUUUACGUCAUCAACGUUUUUUUAAAAAUGUCUUUUUAAUGGAUUUUAGA